CAUUGCAUUUUAAUAACCAGCCACUCCUCCUUUGAAAAUCAGCCUCUUCAAGUUCUCUGUCAGUCAGGCUAAAAAUCAUUAGAAAAAAUACAUGGAGAAGAGAAGAGUGGGAAUAGUAGGAUUUGGUAGUUUAGGUCAGUAUCUUUAUCAUGCUCUACAAGACUCUAAGGAUGAAUAUGAGAUUGCAUUUGUUUGGAAUAGAUCAGCUGAGAAAAUGAGAGGCAUUGUUCCACCUGAACUAAUCCUUAAUGAUCUCAAAUCUUGCCAUUCAAGAUCUCCACAUAUUAUCAUUGAAGUGGCUCAUCCAUCAAUAUCUGCUGAAUAUGGUCCAUUGUUCUUGCAAUCUGCUGAUUUCCUUAUUGGUUCACCUACUGCAUUGGCUGAUGAUGAAGUAAUGAAGAGGAUAAAGGGAGCAUGCACUGGACAUGCACUGUAUGUACCAGUUGGAGCUCUAUGGGGUGGACAUGAUAUACAGAGAAUGGCUGAUAGGGGAACACUAAAAGGGCUUAAGAUUACAAUGAAGAAACAUCCCUCCAUGUUAAAACUUGCUGGAUCUCUGCAUGAUAAACUGCAGCAAGUGAAAGAUGCUCCAACUUUACUGUAUGAAGGCCCAGUAAGGGAUUUGUGUCCUCUUGCUCCAUCGAAUGUCAACACUAUGGCAGCUGCAUCCAUUAUGGCUCAUAAUCUUGGAUUUGAUCAAGUUAUUGGAUGUCUUGUUGCUGAUCCCAGUCUCAAUUGCCAUGUGAUAGAGGUGGAAGUGCGAGGUCCAGGUAGCCUCGAUAAUCAUUUCAGUGUACAGACAGUCCGCUCUAAUCCAGCAGCCCCUGGAGCUGUCACUGGCAAGCAAACUCAUAUCUCAUUCCUCAGCAGUUUGCUUGCUGCACAAAGUCGUGGGCCAGGCAUUCACCUUUGUUAAACUCUUAUUAAUAAUAAGUGAUCUUUUAGUUUUUGAAAUUACAUUCAUUGUAAUAUUUUUCCUAUGUAGCUGUAUUUAGAUUUAAUUGUGACAAUAAUGGGCACAC